UUGACGUACGAUCAAAUAUAUAACACGACGAGGUACGCCCAAAUACCGCGUCACAUACGCACAGAUAGAUUUAAUGGCAGUACUCAUAACAAUAAUUUAAAUGAUACCAAAGAAAAUUUAUUUAAGUUUAAAGACAGAUACGAAAUAAGUAGCAAGAGAGAUCUCCUAGUUGGAUUUGCACACGAUCCUUUCAGAUACUCAAUACCAGAAGCUGAUUACGCGCAAGGAGUAAGAGUAGUGAACCCCCAGAGAGUAAACAGUGAUCGAGGUAAGCGUGGUGUGGUGCAUCUGUACAAUAUGUUAACCUGUGCGACAGGCUGCGAUCCUGUAUCGUACAAGGGUUACGGCUGCUAUUGUGGAUUCCUUGGAUCUGGUAGACCCACUGAUGGAAUUGAUAAUUGCUGUAGACUCCACGACGAGUGUUACGAGAACAUUUACUGUCCAUUCUACACGGUGUAUUUCCAGCCGUAUUACUGGAAAUGCUACCACGGAGAGCCACUCUGUGCGUUGGAAAACUUCCAGACACACCCAGAAGCUGUGAACGGCUGUGCUGGCAGACUCUGUGAAUGUGACAGACGUUUUGCUAUGUGCGUUAAGAAAUACUCGUGUCCGCGCGGACGAGCUCUGUGCAAAUCAUCGCCUUUGAGACUCAUACAGAAUAUUCUUAUGUUCAAAUAA